AUGGAACUCACUUGGCUUCCGGAUAUCCCUCAGUCGCGGAGUCGCACUCGAGCCUUGCGAGCUUGUCCCGCAUGCCAACGAUCAAAGAAACGGUGCCGACAUUUGAUCCCCAAAUGGGAGCCCUCCAAUGAUCACAAUAAACGAUUGCCGCCCCAAUUGAACGACGACCCUGAGAGGCCCAUUCACAGAGAUAGCUCGGAUCGCGAACAGCUUCCUGCAUCCGCGCACAUAGACCAAGCCUGGACAACAUCCAAUGGUCCAGCUUCAUUAUCGGUCCCUGUCACCGAGCGAUUCGUUGGCGAUCUCAAUCCAGAAUCCCUGAUUCGUGAAAGAUUAAAUGAGCCGACUGGGAGCCCUCUCCGGGAUCGUAUCGGGCUCUGGAUCAGCUCCCCAGCUGCGCAGAAAGCUAAGCCUCAGAGCGAUCAGAGAGGACAAGCCACAGCGGAAGAAUAUGCAGGUAAUCACCCGGCGCAAAGGCCAAUCGAUAACCAAGCCAUUGCAUCGUUGCUUCAUCAACGGUUUGCCGCGGGAAUGCAGGCAUGCGAACAACUACCCCUCGCGACGCGCCAGGCUUUGUCCGCUAUCUACUUCUCCAAAGUUAAUCACAUUAUGCCAAUAGUCGACCAAGAACUUUUCCAAGCCCAAGGAGAAGAUUCGGCUUCGGUGUUUCUUGAAAAAGCCAUAUGCCUCGCCGCAGCAAAGACCCGCGCUGCCAAUCCCUACUUACGCCUUGUGGCAGGCGGCCCAAUCCUAUCGUCACGCGAAUUCUGUUCUGAGAUUUACAGGGGACUGGUUGUCGCUAUGGAUGCAGAGCUAGAACCCGAUCGGUUGACACGGAUCCGCAUUCUUGCACUGAUGUCCUUGCACUGUGAGGGCCUUGAAGGGGCUGAGGCAGCAUCUCUACACCUCUGUCAAGCCAUCCACCAGGCCCAGACGGUAGGAUUGCAUCUCGGCCGGCCGAAUCAAACCUCCGUGGAUUCCCUGACUAGACUCUUCUGGUGUCUAUGGACAUUGGACAAGAUGCAUGCAAGUAUCGGUGGCCGGCCGGUUCUUCUAGCUGAUCGCGAUAUCGGGGUCGUGAAACCUGAUGUCAGCGCUCGGACGUCACGGGGGGCUUUUGAGGUGUGGCUUGCGGUGUCAGAUCUGCUCGCGACUGUGAUAUCGUUCUACCGACCCUCUGCGGAAACCACAAGCGGGUGGGAAGAGGGCUUCCCUGCAUUUGAGGAUAUUGUGGGGGAAGAUACCCAAGAUGAUCUGGAUUUUGCUACUCUAGGCUUCUUGGAGCUCUAUUAUCAUUCUGUUGCUAUUUUGUCCUGUCGAUAUAAACCCACCGAGAACAUCGAUCACACCAGGCUCUCGUCUAUCAGACAAGGACUAGCAGCUGUUCGUAUUCACUCCAUCGUCGCAUCGGAGUGUGCAGAUGACCUACCACCUCUUCCAAUCGUGCCAUACUCUGUCACCUUGUCUAUGGGUGUCUCAUACCGACAACUCCGCUCGAGCAAACUUAUCACGCACCUCGACCGAGCGAAAGCUAGUCUCGAGGCGUGCCGCUCUGUUCUAGAAAACCUUAGUCCAUACUGGUAUUCCGCCGAGGCGAUGGCCCGGCUGGGCCAAAAAGCCCUGCACCAGAUUCAAGGCAAGCCACAAUCCUCUCGGACAAACCCUAUGAGUCCACAACAUGUGGCAGAGUCAUCGCGCAAAAGGAUGAACACCCACAGCUCCGUAUCAGAGCGGUCAGGGAUGAUUAAUUCCGCACUCCAAGGCAAUGACUCCCCCCGAGCCAAGAGGCAGCGCAAUAACAGCCAUGGAAUCUCACCUGUAUCUCCGGCGCCGGAAAUCGCAAUGGACAUCCUCCAAGCUCCGGUGGGCGAUCUGGAUACAUCUAUGCAAGAAGGGUUUGCAGACAUCGACACACUGUUUGGAGAGUUCCUAGAUAUCUCUCUACCCACCCAUUUCUGGGAUCCUAUUUUUAUGGAGACUCAAGGGCAAACGAAUGAUCCGCACUCAUAA